AUGUUGUCUUCAAGACUAUCGCGAGCAUUUUUGCCUCGCGCAACAAAUGCCAUCCGCCGCCCAGCCGCCAUCACUCCAUCACUCAACACAUCAUUCCGAAGGCAUUAUGCUGAUGGUGCCGAAGAGAAGGUGAAAGGCCAAGUGAUUGGUAUCGAUCUCGGUACCACGAACUCUGCCGUCGCCUUGAUGGAAGGGAAGCAACCUCGCAUCAUCGAGAACUCAGAAGGUGCAAGGACAACGCCCUCCGUCGUCGGCUUCACGAAAGAAGGCGAGCGUCUCGUUGGUAUUGCUGCGAAGCGUCAGGCUGUUGUAAACCCUGAGAACACUCUCUUCGCAACGAAGCGUCUCAUCGGUCGCAAGUUUUCCGAUGCUGAGGUGCAGCGUGAUGUCCAGCAAGUGCCAUACAAGAUCGUUCAGCACACCAACGGCGAUGCCUGGCUAGAAGCUCAAGGACAGAAGUACUCGCCUUCGCAAGUUGGUGGUUUCGUGCUCGGAAAGAUGAAGGAGACCGCUGAGGCUUACCUUGGCAAGAGUAUCAAGAAUGCUGUCGUCACUGUACCAGCUUACUUCAACGACCAGCAAAGACAGGCCACCAAGGACGCCGGUCAGAUCUCUGGCCUGAAUGUUCUCCGUGUCGUCAACGAGCCAACUGCUGCUGCUCUCGCUUACGGCCUUGAAAAAGAGCAAGACAGGGUUGUCUCUGUGUACGAUCUUGGUGGUGGUACUUUCGACGUCUCCAUCUUGGAAAUUCAGAACGGCGUUUUCGAGGUCAAGUCGACGAAUGGUGACACCCAUCUGGGUGGUGAGGACUUCGACAUCAUUCUUGUCCGCCAUCUCGUCCAGCAAUUCAAGAAGGACAACGGAAUUGACCUUUCUGGUGACCGCAUGGCCAUUCAACGUAUCCGUGAGGCUGCCGAGAAGGCCAAGAUUGAGCUUUCAUCGUCUCAACAGACCGAUAUCAACCUGCCUUUCAUUACUGCUGACGCCUCUGGACCAAAGCACAUUAACAUGAAAAUGAGCCGAUCUCAGCUGGAGAAUCUGGUUGACCCUCUCAUCACCAAGACCAUCGACCCCGUUCGCAAGGCACUCAAGGACGCCGGCCUCCAAGCCAAGGACAUUCAGGAAGUCAUACUUGUCGGUGGUAUGACUCGUAUGCCCAAGGUUGCCGAGUCAGUCAAGAGCAUCUUCGGCCGUGAUCCAGCCAAGUCUGUCAACCCCGAUGAGGCAGUCGCCAUUGGUGCUGCCAUCCAAGGUGCUGUACUUUCUGGUGAGGUCACUGACGUUCUUCUACUUGACGUUACGCCUCUUUCCCUUGGUAUCGAGACUCUGGGUGGUGUAUUCACCCGUUUGAUCAACCGUAACACCACGAUCCCUACCAAGAAGUCCCAGAUCUUCUCUACCGCUGCUGAUUUCCAGAGCGCUGUCGAAAUCAAGGUCUACCAAGGUGAGCGUGAACUUGUUCGCGACAACAAGCUCCUCGGCAACUUCCAGCUUGUCGGUAUCCCACCUGCGCAUCGUGGCGUGCCUCAGAUUGAGGUUACCUUCGACAUCGACGCAGACUCCAUCGUUCAUGUCCACGCCAAGGACAAGUCGACCAACAAAGACCAGUCCAUCACCAUUGCAUCUGGAUCCGGUCUCUCUGACUCUGAAAUCGAGAACAUGGUUCAGGACGCUGAGCGAUACCAGGAGCAAGACAAGGAGCGUAAGGAUGCUAUCGAGGCUGCCAACCGUGCUGACAGCGUGGUGAACGACACCGAAAAGGCGCUCAAAGAAUUCGAGAGCCGUCUCGACAAGACUGAAGCUGAGAAGAUCCGCGAAAAGAUUGCAUCUCUCCGUGAGGUUAUCAGCAAGAGCCAGGCUGGCGAGGGCAAUGCCACAGCCGCAGAACUGAAAGAGAAGACGGAUGAGCUGCAAACUGCUAGCUUGACCCUGUUCGAUCAAAUGCACAAGGCCCGCUCCGAGAACCAGAACCAGGAGCAGCAACAAGACGAACAGAAGAACCAAGAUGAGGACAAGAAGCCAUAA